CAUCGGGUGGGGAACGCGUCAUCGCGUUAAAACUGGCCAAAAAUAUUAUUCCUAUCUAGACAAUAUUUCGUGAAGUAAGGUUCGCAGAACCCGCAGCGCAACAAAAUUGAGCGUAGAUUUAAUCAAAAUCGCAUAUUCGACAAAACCGGGAAAUUAAAAAAAAAAUAGUACAAAAUAUAAGAAAAUAAGAGAUAAAUAGAAGUGAAAGAGAGACGGAAAGCCGUACGUAAAUUGUGGGAUUGUGUGGAGAAAGAGAAAGAGAGAGACAGAAGGAAUAAGUGGGGUAAAGAUACUGAAGCUCGUUGAGCCGUUCCUCGACGGCCCUCGGUGGCUGUUCGUGCCUUGGGAGGGAAUACGCGUGGUAAAACCGAUCGUCGCGGAAGCAUUGAAAAGCAGGGGAAAAAAGUAAAAAAAAAAAAGAAAUAAUCUCCGACCGGAUCGAAAGUAACGAGUCAUCAACCACUUCAAGAUGGCAGAAGGCCAGGAGGCUUCGAAGAAAAUUACGAUUUUCGUCAAAACACCAAAGGAAAAACAGAGCAUCGAAAUUGAAGAUGACGCGACAAUUAAAGACUUUAAAAAUGAAGUUGCCAAGAAAUUCAAUGCACAACCGGAACAACUGUGCCUCAUAUUUGCGGGAAAAAUAAUGAAGGAUCGUGAUACUCUUGGUACACACAACGUCAAAGAUGGAUUGACUGUACAUCUUGUGGUCAAAGCGCCACGAAGCUCAUCUCAAGAAACAGCCGAUUCGUCCACAACAAGGCCAGCAGCGGACGUAGGAGCAACUCCAUUUGGUUUGGGCAGCAUAGGAGGCCUAGCUGGCUUGGAGGGCCUCGGUUUAGGAUCGACCAACUUCAUGGACCUACAACAACAAAUGCAACGAGAGUUAAUGACUAAUCAUGAGACGAUGCGUCAAUUGUUUGAUAAUCCUUUGGUACAGAGCAUGAUGAACAAUCCAGAAAGUGUACGAAUGAUGGUAUCGGCAAACCCACAGAUGCAGGAGCUGAUGCAACGCAACCCGGAAAUAAGUCACAUGUUGAACAAUCCUGAAUUGAUGAGGCAAACACUGGAGUUAGCCCGCAAUCCUUCGAUGUUGCAAGAGUUGAUGCGUACUCACGAUCGUGCUCUGUCAAAUUUAGAAAGCAUUCCCGGUGGUCACAGCGCUCUUCGACGAAUGUAUCGCGAAAUCCAAGAGCCAAUGUUAGCGGCAGCGGCAAAUGAGCGUAAUCCGUUUGCGGCCCUCGUGACAAAUAGCAACGAAAGCGAGGGUGCACCUAAUCCGCAACAAGGUCAAGAAAAUCGUGAUCCAUUGCCAAAUCCUUGGAACCCAAAUUCAGGCGAAGGUGGGCAAACGACGAGAGGACCGACGAGUGUACCUGGUGGCGAAGGCGGCGGUAUAAUGGACGCGGGGAUGCAAAGCUUGGCUACUCAGAUGAUGGAAAAUCCGCAAAUGAUGCGUGACAUGCUCAAUGCCCCUUAUACGAGAUCAAUGCUCGAAGCGAUGGCCGCCGAUCCCUCAGUCGCCAAUAGCAUUUUAGCUGCUAACCCUUACAUCAGAUCAAAUCCGCAAAUGCAAGAACAGAUGAGAACUAUGCUACCGACUUUCAUAAAUCAAAUGCAAAAUCCACAGAUACAAAACGUUAUUACGAAUCCGGAUGCACUUGCGGCAAUAAUGCAAAUACAACAGGGUAUGGAACAAUUGCGCACUGUUGCUCCCGACUUCGUUGGAAGUAUGGGACUUACACAACCACCAACAACGGCAACAACGACGCCCACAACAGGAACAGCAACACCGAACGCACCAGCAUCCGGUCAAGCUGACGCAAGCCAACAGAACGCGCUUUCACAAUUUAUGGCUAGAAUGAUUUCCGCGGUGGCGUUGGGGGGAGGCCAAGAAGAUGGCCAACCAGGGCCACCACCGGAAGAACGUUACCGGGCGCAACUUGAACAAUUGACGGCGAUGGGUUUCGUCAACAGAGACGCCAAUUUACAAGCUCUAAUUGCAACGUUCGGUGACAUAAACGCAGCGAUCGAAAGACUACUCGCUAACGGGCAGGUCUCUAUGAGCUAACCACCAAUCAGCAAUGCUCUUAUUCCACUAUAAUCUUUAGUUCACUCCUCCGAUAUUGAAUUGGCGCAGUCGAUGUUGAAUCGACGAUUCUGAAGGUGUUUUUGACUGUCAAUGAAACAAACAAAAAAAAUGAAAUAAUCGAAGUAAACAGAAGCGUAAAAAAGGGAAAAAAUAUAACUACAACAAAAACGGCUAGACAGAUGAUAAAGUUGGCUCUUGAUAUUAUACAAGCUAAUGACUCGCGUUCAACGUGUGAAUUUUCCUUCACGUUCUCAUUGAAUUUCGAUCGGAUGCGAAGAAGGAUUGGUUGCGACUUUCAUUGCUCGAUGCUUCACCCGAUUUCCGCUGGACCGACGAAUUUCCGAUGGAACGAAUAUAAAGGAGAUUAUCACUCGUUUCCAAAAGAUUCAUUGGUGUUUUUUUUCCUCACCAAUUUUUGAAUAGGUCUUUUAUUGAAAGAUUUCAGAAGUAUUUUCGGAACUUGAAAUCGACACUUUUCGAUCCAACUUGCACGAGCGACACGAAAAAAGCUAAAAGUCACAUGAGAGAACGUCGCCUCAAACAAAACUAUUGUUUGUUGAACAAAAAAUUGAUACGACGACUGAUUCACUGGGCGAAAUUUCACGAGCUGCAAUGUUUUUCAAGAGGGAACCUUUCACAUUUUGUUCAUUGAAUGAGCAGACCGAUUUUUCCCGUUGAUAAUGCGAAUACAUUUUUUUUUUUUAAAUAGUUAAUUACUAAGGCUAACAAAAAUCACGAUGUUUCUUAUAUGAUAAAUUUGUAGAUUUCUAGGUCGAUAAACGUUUUAAAGAGUCGUAGAUUUUCUUUUUCCUGUUUCAAUAAGAUCGAGCCUAAAAACCAUGUCGAAUUGAACUUUUUCCGAUAAAACAAGAAAAACAAAGCGUCACUAGGUGUGCUCGAAAAAAAGACAAAAAAUGAAAUUACUAAAAAAAACAGUUCAUUGUCAGGUAGAGAUUAAAAAUGGAUAAACGUACAUUGGAACACCCAACACACACACACACACACACACACACACACACACACACACACACACACACACACACACACACACACACACACACACACACACACACCCACACAUAUACAUAGACACGUGGUGAAUGUUGUAAAUUAUCCUUACAAGUAAGGAGAAAAAUGAAAAAAAGGGGAGCAGAGAGAAAAAAAGAGGAAAGAGGAGGACAGAAAAGAUUUAUGAUUUUACUAUUUUUGAUUGACGUGACAGAACGAGAUGAAAGAAAAGAAAUUUGAGAAUAUAUAUAUAUAUCGCUACGACUUGUGUUAUAUAUAUUUCACGUGUACCGCGAAUUAUCGCGAGGGGAAAAGACAUUGUGUAAAAGCUAUUAUAUAUUUAAAUGAAUGAAGUUAACGACAAAUAUAAAUCGAAGUAAAAAAAAAAAAACAAACAACAACAAAACACUAAGAAAUAAAAAUGAAUAAGAGAAAAACUUGUUAAAAUUCGUAUUAAAAAGAAAUUGCGUCGUCGUAUAGCGUUCGUCUCUGACUGUGUAGCAAUCACAGAUGCUCACGUUGCUCUGAUGUAAUUUCGUUCAAACAAAUGAGGAAUGUUUUCUUUUUUUUUUCCAAAUAAUUAUUGAUAAGAGAAAAAAAAUAAACUUAACUGAUUACAAACAACAAGGAAAUAUGUGAAUGAAUUAAUCAGUUUGUCAUCUUUCAUUUUUUUUUUAUAGAUUCAAUGCAAAUGUUGAUUCCUUUCCGAGAUUUCUGGACACACUACGAGACUGUUGUUUUAAUAUUUACCAUGAACCUAAAUUUUGGUAAAAAAAAAAGCAGAGGGAAAACAAAGUUGGAAGAACGAAAACAAUGUUUAGGGAUAGGGACGAUUUAGAUUUUAAGAUAAUUAACGAAUAAUUAUUAUUCUAAUUUCGGAGAGCCCUCAAGUGACGACCAUAUUAAUGCAAAUUACCAUCUAUCGUAUAUAUAAACUUAUAUACGUGUGUAUGGGUGUGUAAAUAUUUUAUAUAUGCCUAUAUACGUUUGUAUAUAUUCAUAUAUAUUGAUAUUUAUGCAAAGCAUACAAUGGACUUUGUAAAUACACGAUAUAAAGAUGAGAAAGAACUUUGUGAUGCCUCCGCAACAAGUAUCUCCUGUAAUAAAUAUUUCCGUACGAUGAGCACGGUCUUCGAGUUUCAUCAUGAGCCCAUUAUUACAACGUUCAUCUUUUUCGUGUGGAAACUCUGCCACGUCCACUCAGAGGUCCGUAGGAACUGUCAAAUUUCAAUUUUUUUUCAAUGAUCUAGUUAAAGAGUAAUUUACUUUUUAUUGACACAAACGUACACUCAGAGAUUUCAAAUCAUUCAUUUAGAGAUAAGUCGUUCUCAGGAUGUUUGAUGCAAAGGUAUUCUCUAACUCAAUAACUCGUGUCACUUUGUUUAAUAGACACAAUCAACUGAAAAUUAAGUAUACAAAAUUGGUGAUAAUUCGUUGUCAUUUCUAGGUAAUAAAUGAAAAUUGAUUCUGGAA